AAGGCCAGGAUUUUUGGAUUUCAGAAAUGGGAGCGGGGAGCCGGGAACUAGGGGUCUACGCUUCUGAGAAUACUUCCCAGAGGAGCCAGCUAGGGGUCCGAGGGCGGGAGGCCCCGCCCCCCGCAGGGGGCUCCGCCUCUCGCCCCCUUCUCUCUCCCCAUUGUCCUCAGACAAAGCGGUCGCCGCCCCCAAGCCGGCCCCCCUCGGCUUGGGUCUGUCUCUCCUCCCUUCUCCCUCCCAUCUCCGACUCUCCCUCGAUCCCUCUCUUCCUCUUCCUUCUUUCCCUCUCCAGACGCCUUCUCGACCUCGCACCCCCUCCCUCCUCCCCCCCGGGGACCCUGCCGUACUUCUCUUGCUCUACUGGGACCAUGGCUACUGUCCCAGACUGGAAGCUACAACUACUCGCCAGGCGAAGACAGGAAGAGGCUGUUGUUCGAGGCCGGGAGCAGGCUGAGAGGGACCGACUGGCCCAGAUGCCAGCCUGGAAACGGGGGCUGUUGGAAAGACGCCGUGCCAAGCUAGGGGUACCAGUGGGGGAAUCAGGUCCUGGGAAUGAGGCUACCGAUGCAGCACCUCCUGAACCUGAUGAGCCUGUUGUCCUUCUGGAGGCCAUCGGACCUGUCCACCAGAAUCGCUUUAUCCGACAAGAGCGGAGGCAGCAGCAGCAGCAGCAGCAGCAGCAGCAGCAGCAGCAGCAGCAGCAACAGCAGCAGCAGCAGCAACAGCAGCAACAACAGCAGGAGGGUACUGAGGAACAGCUCUCUGAUCGGAAGCCACCUGAGGGUCGAGGAUCUAUUUCAGGGAUAGUGGAAACCCCAGGGCAGAGACCCAGCCCAGCAGAAGCUCAGGAACAGAAUCCAGUGGGAAGAGCAUCAAGAGAACAGAAGCUGAGCCUGGGGGAGUCUGGAGUUAGGAGACUGGGCAUAACAGAUAUUCUAGAACAGAGCUUUAGGCCUGCAGAGGCUUUGGAAUGGAGGUUAAGCCCAAGGGAAACUGAGGAGAGGAGCUCGGGACUCUCAGAAUCACGUAAAAGCUCUGGGGAAGCUCCAGAACAAAAUUUGAGCCCAGCAGAACCUCAAGAACAAACUUCUCAGGGAUCUGAAACUGGAGAAUGUAGACUGAGCCCAGGAGAUAAUGGAGAACAGAGACUAGGAAUGACAGAAACACAUAAAUGGAGGAUGAAUUCCAGAGAAACCCAUGAACAGAAUCCAGAGCUAUUAGAAGCUCGAGAAUGGAGGUUGGCCCCAGGAGAAGAAAGUAAAGGGAGCUCAGGGGAUUCAGGGACAGAACAGAGACUAAUGCAGAGGAAAUUCAGGGAAAACUCAGGACUUUUGGAGACACAAAGAUGUAGGCUAAGUCCUGGGGAGCUACGAGAACAGAGCCCAGGGGUAAUGGAGGAAGUAGAAAUGGAGGAAAUAGAAAUCAGAUUGAACCCAGGAGAAGAUAUUGAGAAGAGUUCUAGACAUAUGGAAGUACGGAAAUGGAGACUGAACUGUGGGAAAACUAGAGAAUGGAGCCCUUCGAGAUCAGAGACUAGAGAACAGAAGUCAGUGCAUUCAGUCUCUGGAGAUCAGAAGUUGGGAGUACCUGGGGUAGAGGCUGGAGAAGGGAGAACAGGGGCUGCUGAAGAGGAAGCUGGGGAUGAAGGCAGGAUGAUGAGCUCCCUUAGAAGCCACUACUUGAUGACCUCCCCCCUCCCACCCGAGGAAGUUGGGACCAAAGGCUCAGGGCCUCAGGAAGAGGAAGCAGCAGAACCUCAGCCCCUACCACCAGCUUCAGUAUCUCCCCAACCCCCUGCCCCGACAACUCCUCAGCCCCCAGGGGACCCGCUGAUGAGUCGCCUGUUCUAUGGGGUGAAACCUGGGCCUGGGGUAGGGGGACCCCGCCGCAGUGGACACACCUUCACAGUUAACCCCAGGCGGUCUGGGGCCUCUGCAGCCUCUGCCCCACCUGAACCUCAGGUCCCUGGACCUGGGAAGAAGCGGUACCCCACUGCUGAGGAGAUUCUGGUGCUUGGAGGCUACCUCCGUCUUAACCGAAGCUGCCUUGCCAAGGGGUCCCCUGAGAGACACCACAAACAGCUCAAAAUUUCUUUUAAUGAGUCAGCCUUGGAGACGACCUAUCAGUAUCCUUCAGAGAGUUCAGUGCUGGAAGAGUUGGGCCCUGAGCCUGAGGCCCCCAGUACUCCAUGCCCCCCUCCAUCCCUGCCAGAUGAAGAGGAGGAUGAGGAGGAGUUGCUGCUGCUUCAAAGGGAACUUCGGGGAGGACUCCAAACCAAGGCCCUGCUAGUGGAUGAAUCCUGCCGCCGGUGACCUUUCUAACUGGGAGGGUAUAACUCCUUCCCACUCCUGAGUGCUGAAGAUUCAUCCUCCAUCCUUCCUAGAAGUUGCUGUGCUGACAGACCCUGUGAGCUGUCAUGAAGGAGAAAUCCCAUGCACUUCCUUUUCCACCUCACCUUCCUGUGCUGUGUCAGGUGGAAGAGCCCAUCUAUCCCUGCUCUCCAACUCAUGAUCUUAGGUCCAGAUUGUUGUUCAAUGCAUCCUAGACAUUUUCUAUGAAAGGAGAGGGCCUCUGGCUUGCUGUCUCCUGGGAGCCAAAGAAUCCAAGCCACCUAAGGGAAGGGGGCAGAGCCUACUGAGUCAUGAGAAAGUAAAGCUUUCCUUCCAUCUGUCCACUGCUAACCCCACCGUGCCAACACCCCACCCCACCCCAAGGUCGGUAAGUGCAGGCCACCCUGCCUUGACAAGUCCUGCCCUCACUCCUUCCCUCUGUUUGUUUACAAGUUGUAUCUACCCUCUCUGGGGGUUAAGGAUGCACUUUUUCCUCUGCCUGGGUCUCCACCCAUUUGUGUUUACAGCUUCCACUUUCCCAAGCCUCACUCAGCCAAAGUCCUAGGUUUACAAACCACACCUGCCAUGGUUAUAUUACCAUAACUCAACCAGUGGGCAGUCCUCUCUCUUGCCUUCUACUGUUUGGAGCCUGGCCUUCUUCUUGAAUGUCUAGCCUCCCUAACCCUGCCUUGUUCAGUAUUAUUUUGGUCUUCCAAAAGGAGGAGGGGUGACCUCAAUCUUUUCCUCCCUUGUAGUUAAUUAAUUCUUCUGUUUCUUACAGUGACCCAGAAUUAAACUGAUGAAAAUAUGGGAGGGUCCUGAUGAGGUCCUACCUUGCAUCUCCUUAGCUGUGGUAUUUGUUGGUUUUUUUUCCUUUAAAAUUUUUUUCCAUAAUAAAAUGGAAGCCUUUCUGGCUACCUGUUUCA